CACCAUCCUCCUCCGAAUAUAUCACUUGUAAAUGACAUCUCUCCAGCCUCGAGCUUUCAUCCUGCCAUCCUACAGUAUUGCACCACCCCAUCUCGCCGUGCCUCCUUUCUAUUCUACCGACUACACCUCACGUCGCCCACGCGAGCCUGUUCCUCCGAGCCUUCACUCCAGGCUCACCUUGACCCACUUCCACCACCCAUGACAAUGACAAUAUACGCGACAUGAUCAUCCUUUGACCGAAUUAUGCAUUUCACACCUCAUUCUCGGUCAUGUCAACCUUUCCAGAAGAACGUGUCCUGAAAAUCCAAGAUCCUGUCCCCGAGGAUGUCAAUGAUUGGCCAGACUUCACUUUACGCGAUGCAAAAGUCUUUCCUCAGGGCAAGAGUCGGUAUGCAGAUCUCCUCGAGGCAUCUGUCGACUUCCCACUGUGUGUGAUUGGAGAGCUUGAACCAGUAGACGACGAUCAAGAACACUUGGUUUUGGUGGACAAUCCUCUCCACGUCCGAGUCAAGAUUGAAAAUGUCACCCGACGAGCCUUUGGCCAAGAUGACGAUGGCACACCCAUCAUAUGGGCCGCCGGAAAAGCAGGAUGGUAUGAAAUCAUUCCUUCCGAUCGAUACCUCUCCCAUUACAACGACUCAGUCGAAGCCAUCGACCUUUUCUACUUUAUGGUCGACCAACACAAACGUUUGUCGAGAAAAAGACAGCGUCUCGGAUUCAUGAUAGACCCUUUCUUGACCCGGUAUCAAAAGCACACGGAUUAUCGAAUUGAUGGCGAUGACGAGGCCAUGGAAACAAUACAUAAACAUCAUAAAUUCCUCCUUCAGCAGAUGCUGGCUGAAAGAGAAGGGAUCGACUGGUCUCAGACUCAUUUAUGGAAGCAUUUAGCAGAAACAUAUGCGGACGAGUUGGAUUCGUUAAAGGCCAGCCUGACGCCAUCCCCGAUCAUCGACUCUUCAGAAUCAGACACCUCGGACUCGACAGAAGAGACUUCAGAAUCAGAACGAGACGAAUCAGACCAGAAAUCCGCCAUUCCUGAUGACCAGAGUGCUGCAGAUAGUACCGAAGCAUCAAAUACCUCGAAACAAUCAGAUUCUGCCUCGUCAUCAACAUCGGAGGGGACUUCGGACAGUGAAUCCGAAGUAGAGCCGGAGCCAGUCGACUGGACCAAACCAAUUUGGGACAUGCUAAACAUCCUGCGCAAAUCCGCCAAAUUCGACAUGCGAGAAUGUGGUGUAGAACAAGCAGCCAUGGAAUUACACAAACUCCCUAUAUUUACCGGUUCGCACAAGGACGCCAUCGCCGCAUUUGAACGGUCGGCAGAACCAUUACUCAGACUAAUGAACGAAGCCAAGUUGAAGAAAAAAUUCAACUGGUCAUCUCGAAGGAUAUACGACGAAUUGGAAGCCACUCUAGCCGACGAAGUCGCCAAAGAUAUCAUGAGAACACCCGCUGGGAAGAACAACAAACAACAGCAAAAACAUCGCAUGAAAUCAGUGCUCCGACCCAGUGGCGCUCACAAGGCACAUAAGAGAGCCCGCGGCGCACCAGACUCGUUGGACGAAGAUGAAGACAUGAGUGAUGUGCCUGUCUCGUCUGCCCUUGCGCGACGUCAGGGAUUGCAACCUCCUAGUAAACUACGGGAAUCAGAGAACGAUUCCGUAGGCAGUCGAGAAGACAGUCCGAGUCGGCAACUGAAUGGUUUGCUGGGCAUGGAUGGACUGCCUAGCUUGUCGGCCGGUCCUGAAGCUCAGGAGAUGAUUGAUUUGGUGUCUCAAGAGGCCAAACGUGUCGGGAGACAACAUCAAACUUCUCAUCUUCAAGCGUUUCUCGGGCAGUGGGUGGUGUGAUACGCACUCUCACAUCUGGCUAAUAAAAGGACCUCCAGUGUCUUGUUUGGAACUUUCGAGAACUAUGUCUGAAUGAUGGUGGUGGUGGGGGAGGCGAAUUGAUGACUUGGACAUGAGUCUGGUUCUGCCUUGCCUUGCCUUGCCUUGCAUGGCGUGUGCGUCUGGUUGUGUGUGAUACCCCUUGGUUGGAUUGGAUUGGAGUGGAUAGGAUUGGACUGUGAUUAACUUUUUUUGAUUGUUUUUGCAUUAGCCUUCUUCAAAAGCAAUGCUUUGACCCAAUAAUGUGUAUAGCGGCAUUGUUCAGAUGGCUGGCUGGCUGUUGGAAUCGAUUCUUCAAUUCCUCUAUUCCUUU